GUCGUCGAUGAAGUGAAAAAGGUUCACAACUUUUGUUUUCUCUUCGCAUCGUUGAAAACUGAAAAAAAUGAGAUUAGGUUAAUUACGCUUUAACAUCCAAAUCAACAAAGAGAGACAAAAGUGGAUAAAGAGAGAAAAAGGAGAAAUGUCUGGCAAAAGAAGAGGGCGGUCCGAUACAACCCCACUCCUGCCCCUGCCACACUUUCGCUCCUCUGCCUCCUCCUUCCUCGAAAUGGCCGCCUCCACCGCCGCCGCCUCGGACUCCGUCCCUCUCCGCUCUGUCUUCCUCGGCGUGGACGUCGGCACCGGCAGUGCCCGCGCAGGUCUGUUUGAUGAGAACGGGAAGCUUCUGGGUUCUUCUAGUAGCCCAAUACAGAUUUGGAAAGACGGGGACUGUGUUGAGCAAUCUUCUACAGAUAUCUGGCAUGCCAUUUGUGCGGCUGUGAAAUCGGCAUGCUCCCUUGCUAAUGUCGCGGGGGAAGAAGUGAAGGGUCUGGGGUUUGCGGCUACUUGUUCUCUUGUUGCGGUGGAUGCUGAUGGCUCUCCUGUCUCAGUUUCUUGGAGUGGUGAUUCAAGAAGAAAUGUCAUAGUAUGGAUGGACCAUAGAGCUGUAGCACAAGCUGAAAGGAUCAAUUCCCAUCACUCACCUGUAUUACAGUACUGUGGUGGAUCCCUUUCCCCAGAGAUGCAGCCACCAAAGCUUCUAUGGGUGAAAGAAAAUUUGAAAGAAUCUUGGUCAAUGGUGUUCAGGUGGAUGGACUUAAGUGAUUGGUUGUCAUACAGGGCAACAGGAGAUGAUACUCGGAGUCUGUGCACCACAGUGUGCAAAUGGAUGUAUCUUGGUCAUGCGCACAUGCAGCAAGUCAAUGAAAAAGAUUCCCGAGAUAUGGAAGCUUGUGGAUGGGAUGAUGACUUCUUGGAGGAGAUUGGAUUAGGUGAUCUUGUAGAUGGACAUCAUGCUAAGAUAGGACGAAGUGUAGCUUUCCCUGGCCAUCCUUUGGGUUCUGGUCUUACUCCAGCUGCCGCAAAGGAACUGGGGCUUUUAGCGGGAAUUCCUGUUGGGACGUCACUGAUUGAUGCUCAUGCUGGUGGUGUGGGGCUAAUGGAAAGUGUUCCACAGUUAGAUUCUGAAGCUAAAGAGUGCGACAUGGAAGCUAUAUGCCACCGAAUGGUACUAGUCUGUGGGACUUCUACUUGCCAUAUGGCUAUAUCACGGAGCAAGUUGUUCAUUCCAGGGGUCUGGGGACCAUUCUGGUCAGCUAUGGUACCUGAGUAUUGGCUCACAGAAGGGGGUCAGAGUGCUACUGGUGCAUUAUUGGACCAUGUAAUUGAAAACCACGUCGCAUCACCACGCCUUGCGAAUCGUGCUGCUUCUAGAUGUAUUUCUGUGUUUGAACUUCUGAACGAGAUAUUAGAAACAAUGAUGCUUGAUCUGAAGCGUCCCUUUCUUGCUGCUUUGACUGACGACACACAUGUCCUACCUGACUUUCACGGGAACAGGUCUCCUAUUGCAGACCCUAAAUCAAGAGGAAUGGUCUGUGGCUUAACGCUUGACACAAGUGAGAAACAGUUGGCUAUUCUGUACCUGGCUACCUUACAGGGUAUUGCAUAUGGUACACGUCACAUUGUAGAGCAUUGCAAUGCCCAUGGUCACAGUGCUUAUGAGAGGAACUAGAACACAGCACCAUCAACAUGAUUUUGAAACUCCUUGCCUGGUGGAGGCUGGGCUGUCGGUCUCGAAGAAAGGUAAAAGAAUGGAAAGGUUAAGCCUGAAGUGAAUGACUUAAAGAUCUUGGUCCACUCUUGCUUUGAAAGAUGUCAAGGGCUGGAGAAGAAGAUUAUGAAGGAAUUUCUGUUGCUUUAAGUUUUAGCUUUCAAGUGGAUCCACUUUGUACCUACUUAAUUCAAAUAGGCCACCAUUACACUAAGGGGCUUCCUUAAAGAAAUUUCAAGAACGCUGGAGACCAGUGAUCAAAAAGAGGAUAUGAAGCUGGUGUGACACUAGUGGCCCAAAUGAUCUUCUAACAAAGCCCUGUUGUUGAGCAGUAUUAAAUCCCAUCAGAAACUGAGAACAGGGUGUCGAGGAAUUGCUUAUUGAUUUUUAUAAGAAAAAUACAAAUCGUGAAAUGAUGUAAUGCACUGGCAUAGAUGAAAUGUAAUACAAAAUAAAGUGUAUCAGUUUAGAGUGGAUUAUUUGUGGUCUAUUCAUAACUUGGCAAAUAAAUAUAUCUAUUUGGUGCAUGAACAGCUGUUAAGGCCUCAUGCAAACCUUGGUACGCCAUGCUUUGCUUAAUAAAUAAACAGUUGAGAAGCUUAAA